AUGAACGACUUCGAGCGCGCGCGCGAGGUGCGGAUCGAGGAGAACAAGCGACGGAUGCGAGAGAUGGGGAUCACGACGUUAUCCGAGAAGCUCGAGCGCGCGACGGAGACGCGGGCGCCGACGCAGCGCAAGCCGUCGAAACCCAAAGCGUUCGUGCCGGUCGCGGAGCGACGACGGUCCACGCGCGAGCGCGCGACCGUGGACUACGCCGCGCAGGUCAACGCGCUGAACGCGUUCGACUCCGACUCCGACUCCGACGACGUCGGACCGCGAAAGCGCGCCAGGCGCGCUCCGGCGGAGAAGCGCGUUCGUAAAAAAAUUCUCUUCUCCUCCGCCGACGCCGCGUCGUCCGCGGCGCGUCGGUACGCCGUCGGCGGUCGCGUGUACGACUCCGAGCUCGGGGUGACGUGCCACUGGUGCCGCCAGAAGACGGUCGAGCCGCACGUCCACUGCUCGAACGAGAGUUGUCGCAGAGGGAACCCGAUCGCGUUUUGCGGCCGGUGCCUCCGGAACCGCCACGGCGAAGACGUCGAGGCGCGCCGCGCGUCCCUCUCUCGUUCGCCGCGUCCGUCGCAAUCUUCACCUUUAAAACACCGCCACGUGUCACUGACCUCAUCCACACACUCACGCCACGUCAUCUCUCACGACCAAUAGGACGCGAUCCUCUCCGGGGAGUGGAUCUGCCCGAAGUGCCGAGGCUCUUGCGGCGACGGCUGCGCGUCCUGCUGCAACUGCGGCCCGUGCCGCAAAGCGCUCGGCCUGCCGCCGACGAACCAGAUGAUCAACAUCGCGCGCGAGUGCGGGUUCGACAACGUGCACGAUUACCUCGUGCACGCCGCCACGGGCGCGUCCCCGGAGGAGCUCCGGCGGCGGAAGAAGUCGCUUCCCUGGGGGAAGCGGUCGCCGCCCGGUCACUUCUCGAGCGCGAGAGCCGCC